GCUCCGGGAGGAAGCGGGGAGCGCCGCCGCCAGCCCCGCAGCCCGGUGUGCACCAUGGUGAAGAUCGUGAUGGUCCGGACCCAGGCCUACGCCGACCAGAAGCCCGGCACCAGCGGGCUGCGCAAGCGGGUGCGGGUGUUCCAGGACAACGCGCACUACGCCGAGAACUUCAUCCAGAGCAUCCUGGCCACGGUGCCCGCGGCCGAGCGGCAGGAGGCCGCGCUGGUGGUGGGCGGCGACGGCCGCUUCUACAUGACCGAGGCCAUCCAGCUGAUCAUCCGGAUCGCCGCCGCCAACGGGAUUGGCCGUUUAGUGAUUGGACAGAAUGGAAUUCUCUCCACCCCAGCUGUCUCCUGUAUUAUUAGAAAAAUCAAAGCCAUUGGUGGCAUCAUUUUGACAGCCAGUCACAACCCUGGUGGCCCAAAUGGAGACUUCGGCAUUAAAUUCAAUAUUUCCAAUGGAGGUCCUGCUCCUGAAGGUAUUACUGAUAAAAUUUUCCAAAUUAGCAAGACUAUUGAAGAGUAUGCUAUCUGCCCAGAUCUGAAGGUGGACCUUGGUACCAUUGGAAAGCAGCAAUUUGACUUGGAGAACAAGUUUAAACCAUUUACAGUUGAAAUUGUGGACUCAGUGGAAGCUUAUGCGAACAUGUUGAGGAACAUCUUUGAUUUCAGUGCGCUAAAAGAACUACUUUCAGGACAAAACCACCUAAAGAUUCGCAUAGAUGCUAUGCAUGGAGUUAUGGGCCCCUACGUAAAGAAGAUCCUGUGUGAGGAGCUUGGAGCUCCUGCAAAUUCUGCUGUGAACUGUAUACCUCUAGAGGACUUUGGUGGCCACCACCCAGACCCAAACUUAACCUAUGCUGCUGACUUGGUCCAGUCUAUGAAAACAGGAGAGUAUGACUUUGGAGCGGCCUUUGAUGGAGAUGGGGAUCGGAACAUGAUUCUAGGGAAGCACGGGUUCUUCGUUAACCCUUCAGACUCCGUUGCUGUCAUCGCUGCCAAUAUUUUCAGUAUUCCUUACUUUCAGCACACCGGCGUUCGUGGCUUCGCGCGAAGCAUGCCUACCAGUGGGGCAAUUGAUAGGGUGGCCAAAGCUACAAAGAUCGCUUUGUUUGAAACUCCAACUGGCUGGAAGUUCUUUGGAAACUUAAUGGAUGCAAACAAACUGUCUCUGUGUGGAGAGGAAAGUUUUGGUACUGGUUCUGAUCAUAUCCGUGAAAAGGACGGGCUGUGGGCUGUCCUGGCGUGGCUAUCUAUAAUAGCUGUCCGCAAACAGAGCGUGGAGGACAUCCUGAAAGAUCACUGGCAGAAAUAUGGGCGGAACUUCUUCACGAGAUAUGACUAUGAGGAGGUGGACUCAGAUGGAGCUAACAAAAUGAUGAAGGAUCUAGAAACUGUGAUGUUUGACCGUUCUUUUGUGGGAAAGCAGCUGUCAGCUGGUGAUAAAGUUUACACUGUUGAGAAAGCCGAUAACUUUGAAUACAGCGAUCCUGUGGAUGGAAGCAUCUCCAGAAACCAGGGUUUAAGGCUCAUCUUCACUGAUGGUUCUCGCAUCAUCUUCAGACUAAGCGGUACCGGCAGUGCUGGAGCGACCGUGCGACUAUACAUUGAUAGCUAUGAGAAAGAUGCUCCAAAAAUAUAUGAAGAUCCACAGGUCAUGUUGGCUCCUCUCAUUGGUAUUGCAGUGAAGCUUUCACAGCUCCAUGAAAGAACUGGCCGCACCGGCCCCACAGUCAUCACAUGAAAAGGCUGGGACCUGAUGCUGACUGCGUGCAGUGCUGAAACGGCUGGCUGUGCCUAAUGAGUCAAACAAAAUCAUCCAGUCCUUUUUAUCAAAUUGGUCACUAAAAGCAACGUUAACUCUAUUUAAAAGUAUUAUUUAAACUGAUAAAAGGCUAGAUGUUAUUAAUAAACCAGAAUCACCCAUGUUUACACUGUG